GGUGUAUUCUUCUCGGGUACACAUUUCAACAUGAGGGUCUUUUUCGCCGUUGUGGCUCUUGUGGCUCUCGCCGCUGCUAAGCAGGGUGGUGUCCACAGUGGACAGGAGCUCGUCCCUGACCUUUUCGAGGGUCAGCGCGAGUACGUUUACAACUACCGCACUCUUGUCGCCACUGGACUUCCCCGUCAAACCCAGCGCUACGCCGGUCUCGAGAAAUAUGGUGUCCUCACUGUUCAGGUCAACGAGCAGCAAGGAAACACCAAGAUCCUUGGUCUUCGUCUCCGUCACGUGAUGUCCGGCUCCUUCGAUAAGGAAGUCGAAGAUAUCGAGAACCGUCGUGUCGAGGGUGUCGCUCAUUCCACUGAGGAGACCAUCGAAAACUACGGUCCCGUCUUCGUCAAGGUCCAGGACAACGAAGUCCAGAAGCUCAAGGCUCCUGAGAACAUGCCCGAAGAGAUCAUCAACAUCUACCGUGGUAUUGCCUCCAUGUUCACCGUUGGCAAGCCCCAGUCUCUUGAAGGCGACGACCAUCCCUUCAUGUCCGAGGGUUCCAGGUUCGGCAACGAGCAGCAACCCAUCGUCUACCGUCGUCAGGAACAGGGUAUCGCCGGAAACUUCGAAACCACCUACGAAAUCCUCUCCAACCCGGAACAAUGGCAUCACCAAGAGCAGUACCAGCAGCUCAACCUCACCAAGACCAGGAACUACAUGAAGCAGGUCGGUCCCGACGGUCGUUACCUCCAGAACGGUCACGACGGUCGUGGUUGCCAGAACGUCUGCCGUACCCACAAGCCCGAACAGCUCGAGAAGAACAUGCAGCCCGAGCUCUCCGACUGGAUGAAGCCCACCGCUGAGGGCUGUCCGGUCAACUUCCACCCGAAGACCGAUCUUGUUGAGGCUUUCACCACCUACAACUACAACAUGACCGUCGAGAAGGGAGGCAAGUUCGCUCUCAUCCACGAAGCUCAGGCUCUCGACAAGAAGAUCCUCCCCCUCCGCAAGCAGCAGAUCAAGACCGUUUCCCUCAUCAAGCUCCACCUCGUCGAGGAGCGUCCCGUCACCGAGAACUGGAACCAGCAGCAGGCCACCAAGUCCUACGAUGAGAUCACCUACCGUUUCCCCGAGGGCCACCAGUGGGACCUCCAGUACCUGUCCCUCUUCAACAAGGGUGAGACCAGUGAGAUCAUCAAGGACCAGAUCGUCCCCAUGAUCGAGGAUCUCUCCGCUAAGAUCGUUUCCGACAACGUUGAGAUCAAGAGUCAGACCGGUGACAAGAUCAUCCAGCUCACCAUGGUUCUCGGCAGCCUCUCCAAGCGACAGCUCCAGUCCCUCUGGGAGGUUCUCGGUGAAACCGCCACCGCAAAGUCCGCCACCGAGCUCGACAACGUCCAACGCAAGGUCCUCAUCGACACCAUCGCUCUCUCCGGCUCGAACAACGCCACCGAGCUCCUUCUCGACCUCAUCCAGCAGGACAAGCUCACCACCCUCGAGACUGUCGACGCCCUCCAGAACCUCAAGCAGAACCUCGUCAAGCCUAACAUCAGGAUCAUGCAGCAGCUCAAGAACGUCUGCACUGAGCCCAAGUACCAGCAGAAGCGUACCGUCUUCGGUACCGCUUGCCUCGCUUUCGCCGACGUCGUUCGCGGCCACUGCGACGCCCACAGCCACAAGAGCACCCCCCACCACAACCAGCAGCAACAGGAGCAGUCCCAGAACUCCGCCCAGCAGGGCCACCCUUGCGGCGAGCAGGAGUACAGACAGUUCGUUGAAGCUAUCCGCUCUGAACUCCACUCCGCCAAGGACUUCACUCAGCAGACCAUCUUCAUCCAGACCCUCGGUCGUCUCGCCCACCCCAAGGCCGUCGAGGCUCUCGUUCCCUACAUUUACGGUGAACAGGAGGUCAUGCAGCAGCUCAGCCAGAUGAAGGACGCCUCUGAAGACGAUUCCGAAUACGUCCAGUUCAUCCGUCAGAUCGCCAUCUACGCCCUCCACGGCGCCGCCCAGAAGCACGGAAGCGCCAUCCAGCCCAUCGUCCAGGGUAUCUACUUCGACAAGCAGCAGGACUACGAGCUCCGUACCGCGGCCCUCUCCGUUCUCCUCGCCACUCAGCCCACCGAGGCCCUCUUCAACCGAAUGGUCAUCGAGCUCGGUCAGGAGAAGGAUCUUGAGGUCGCCUCCUACACCUACUCCGCCCUCCACCAUCUCGCCAACUCCACCCUCCCCUGCAUGCAGCAGACCGCUCGCCGUGUCCAGAACGUCCUCGGCGCUCUUCCCGAACAGGGCUACGGAACCCACCAGUCCAAGUGGGGAGCCAAGACCCGUUACAACCCGAUCACCAACUCCGGUCUCAAGGGACAAUGGGAAGUGACCCAGUCCAACGUGUCGGCCAUCCCCCGCGCCGCCUGGGCCUCCCUCAGCAGCAACAAGGGUCCCUACGUGUCCACCAUCGCCGACUUCAGCCUGGUGACCAAGGGUCUCGAGAACCUCAACCAGUUCAUCCACAAGCAGGGCGGUAUGCAGAAGAUCAUCGAGAACGUUAUGCAGCGUAUUCGCCGUGACACCCGUCACGCUGUCGGUGACCACUCUGUCGAGCAGGUUCUCCAACAGAUCGAGGAAGCCAUGCAGUUCAACACCCAAGAGAACGACGAGCAGCCCCGUCUCGUUGUUUCCGGUUCCCUCCUCGGUCACGAGGCUUACCUCCCCAUCGACAAGGAAUACAUGACCAAGGUCGGCCAGAAGGUCGGUCAGAAGAUCGCUCAGCUCCUCAGCGAGGGCGGUAUCGAGAAGACCUACCGUUACGUCCGCGUUCUGAUGCCCCGCACCUACGUCCACGUCGCCCCCGCCGUCAACGGUCUCCCCGUCAUCCUCAGCAACCGUCACCCGAUCGUUGUUUCCCUCUCCCUCCAGGAUCUCCAGACCCGCUUCGAGACCGCUAAGGGUCAGAUGCAGCUGAAGCCCACCGUCAUCGCUGUUGCCGGUCUCAUCAAGCCCACCGUUUACCACACCUCCGUCCACUCCGCUCUCACCGUCAACCCCGUCCAGAAGACCCGUUACGCCUACGGUGUUCGUGCCAUCGAGCAGACUCGCGCUACCGUUCCCCUCGAUGUCGCCUUCCAGUACACUCCCCAGACCCAGACCCUCGCCUUCACUAUCCGUCCUCGUUUCGAGACCGUCUUCUUCCACAAGACCCGCGCCAUGACCUUCAAGACUGAAGCCCUCCUCAUCCGCGGUGUCGACAAGCCUCUUCUCGAGCGCUACACCGUCAUCAAGACCCAGCAGAAGCCCUACGUCUUCGACCGCACCCUCGGACAGAAGCUCGGCAUGGCCGUCCGCGUUCAAGGCAUGACCGAAAACGAGGAGUCCGCCAUCAACUUCAUGAAGCACCAGAAGGCUUUCGAAAGCAACCCCAUGUCCUCCCUCAUCCAGCAGCUCUCCAACGAAUGGUUCACCCCCCGUGCCUGGACCGUUCGCAUUGAGAAGAACGAGCAAUGGCCCGCCCAGGAAAUCAAGAUGAUCGUCCGUCUCGGCGGAAACCUCUUCCAGCAGCGCAUGCAGCAGAAGGAGGGUCAGCAGCAGCAGCAGCAGACCCUGUCUAAGGAGCAGCUCGAGAAGGAGCAGAAGACCCAGCCCAAGGACAUGCGCAUGAUCUCCUACGAACACGAGUACGAGAAGAUCACCGGUCGCAAGCCCGAAACCCAAAAGCUCGAACAGUCCCUCGAACAGAUCGCUCAGCAGACCGAAAAGUACUGGUCCCAAGUCGACCAGGAACUCGGACAGCAGCUCAAGAAGGACAACACCCAGGUCCGCUCGAUCGAAUACAUCAUCUCCGCCGAAGGAGAGAAGAAGUCCGCCAAGAUUCUCGGUCACGCGAUCCUCGCCUCCCUUCCCUCGAAGCAGGCCAAGCUCGCCGAGCUCACGAUGAAGGUCUGGCAGAAGCCCAUCUCCCUCAAGGUCCGCGCCGUCGUCGCUUCGACCAAGACCCCCCAGCCUUUCGAGACCCAGAUCCGUGAGGAGCAACAGCGUGGCGUCGCCGCUUUCGUCGCCGAGCUCGAGACCCGCUCGACCGGCAAGCAGCUCUACUCUGGAAAGAUCGAAAUGAGCAAGUCCGAUGAGCAGAAGCAGCUCAUGAAGACCUCCGCCGAACAGAAGCCCUGGUACUACAAGCAAUGCGAGGAGGACAAGAAGGAGCAGAAGUCCGAAAUGUCCACCGCCUGCGAAAAGCUCCGUGUGCAGAAGUCCGCUCUGAACAAGCUCCGUUUCGAAAUCGAACUUCCCGAACAAGUCCACGAGCGUCUCUUGAACGCUUCCCACAAGAUCCGCGAGACCCUCAAGGCUCGUCUCUACAGGAACCUCCGCGCCAACUACGUCGCCGAGAAGAAGACCCAGGACAACAAGAUCCAGGGAGAGCUCAUCUACUCCGAGCAGUCCCCGGAAAUGCACAUGGCCAACCUAACCAUCCGCACUCCUGAUCAUGAGGAGCUCCGUUUCGAACGCAUCGCUCUCCCCAAGGCUCUCCGUCCCAACACCAUGUGGACCCUCAAGCAGCAGAUCAAGGCCGCCCUCAAGACCGACCGCCCCGAACCCACCUGUGUCUACAACGGCCACAAUCUCCGCUCUUUCGACAACGUCACCCUUUCCGCCAAGAGCAUGAAGGACGGUGAGAAGUACAUCCUCGCCCGUGAAAACAGCGAGAAGCCCAGCUUCACCAUCCUCGCCAAGAAAAUGCCAGGAGGCCAACAGACUGAGGUCGAGAUCGUUCUCCGUGACGCCACCCUCCUCAAGCUCACUCCUCCCAGCCCGCGCAACGGUGCCACCUACCAGGUCCACGUCAACUCCACCUCCCUCGAGGUCGCCCCCAAGAAGACCGAAGUCGCCCAAUACGGUCCCCAGAACAAGAACAUGAUCACUCUUCACGUCGAAGAGCACCAGCAGGGCCAAGACACCCUCGUGAUCAAGGUUCGUGACCAGCGCAUGCGCAUCGUCUACGACGGCAAGAACCUCAAGGUCGAGAUCGCCAAGCAGAUGCUCAAGGGUCAACUCACCGGUCUUUGCGGCAACAUGAACAACCAGAAGAGCGACGAGUUCACCGGUCCCGAAGGUUGCAAGUACGAGCGCGAGGAAGACUUCCUCCGCUCGUUCGGUCUCACCAAGCCCGAGAACCACGGAGUCCAGGGAGCGUGGAAGUGCCCCGAGGGUGUUCACCCCCGUGCCGCCUCCAGCCAGGACCUCCACAAGUUCCAGCAGAAGAAGCAGCAAUACAGUGAAUACAUGCAGCAGAGGUCCCAGCAGCGUCAGAACUACCGUGACGAGCAGCAACAGAUGACCGAGGAGACCAAGAUGCUUCCCUUCGAUGGAAAGCUCUGCUUCUCCACCGAGCCCGUCCGCGCCUGCAAGGAAGGUCGUCGUCAGCUCGAAACUGAAACCCAGAGUGUUGAGUUCAUCUGCUUGAAGCAGAGCCACCCGCGCACCAUCCAACUCCAGCGUGAGGUUCAGACCGAGAAGAUCGCUUCGAACCUUCCUCGCUCCGGCCAAUACGGUCUUGUCUACCACGACGUUGAGAUCCCCACCCGCUGCGGCCACUAAUUUGACCAUGAAUAAAUUUGUUGAAACCUAAA